UAUCACAGGAAAUUUCUCUUCGAUAAUUUGCCUAAAACUAUUUAUAUACUGAGACUCAAUUUUACCAAAGUUGAUACUAUUGCUUCAGCUGAGACAUGCAGCAUGAACUAACUUUGAGUUUUGCCUCAUAAAGGAGGUAAGAGCAGAUAGUAUAUUUUUUUUUUGUCAAUUACCAGACUCCUCAGUAAUAAAGAGAUUAAUUUGCUUUAUUUUUUUUUUGAGAAGUUCUGAUAGUUUAUUUUCACAAAAAUAGUCGUUAAUGAAAAAAAUGACCAUUUUUUAUUAAAAAGUAAAUAUACAUUUAUACCCUAAAGUUAACUAAUCUAAAAAUAAGUUUUAGAGUUAAGAGGUGAAAUUUUGAAGGUGUAGUUUCAAAUUAAAAAAAAUAAAAUAUAAAUAUUAAAAAAAUAUUUGCUUUAUUUUUUUUUUUGAGAAGUUCCGAUAGUUUAUUUUCACAAAAAUAGCCGUUAAUGAGAAAAAUGACUAUUUUUUUAUUAAAAAGUAAAUAUAAGUUAUGUAAAAUUUUGAAGGUGUAGUUUCAAAUUUUAAAAUAUAAAAUAUUAAUAUUAAACGUUUCAAAAUAAAAAUAGAUUAUUUUGGUCAUUUUUUCAGGACUAUUUUUGUGACAAAAACUUUAAAAAGAACAUUUAAAAAAAUUGCCCUUACUUUUUAGUUAUCAAAAGUUUUGAAUCUCUCUCCGGAACCACAACUAUAAUAUUAGUUUUGUGUUAAAAUAUUACUUGAUCAUAUGAUUUUUACACUGUCCUGGUUUUAGUUGAGUUAAUGAAACUUGAUAUUAGAGAAUUAUUGGUUUUCACCAUGAUGCCCUUUGGAGUUGUUAAAGAAGCCGGAGAUGCUGUUGGAUUUGUGUUAUAGUUUUGUUUUUACUGAUCCUAAGCUCAUAAUAUGUUGUUUCAGUACGAUAAGGACCUUACACCUUGAUGAUUAAUUUGGUAUCUACUUACUAGUGUUCUCUUGUCUGAACGUCUUUGUCAUUCUUCCGAUACCUAAUAACUCAAAUACACUCUGGCUUUUUAUUCUCGAGAGGAAACAACUGUCAUAACACAUACGAUCAAGAUUAACCAGACCACAAGAUUUUGGUAAUGACAAAGACAUAUAUGAUUUAAUGACAAACAUUCUGUCCCUCAGAUCAAUCAUUCUUAAUAUUCCACAACGAAAGGUACAACACAACUGUUUACUCUCAACGUAUACAAUACAAGAGCCACAUACUACCUUCUCACAUUUACUCUCGUUAUUUGUGCCCACUCUUGAUAUACUAUUUAAAUUUCAUCUUUAUCCUGCAAAUAAUUCACACUUGUGUUCCCAGCCUACCUUGUUUUGCAGAUCAAAGGGGCAUGGAUUCACCAUCUGCAAGCCAGCUGAAGAGCUCUGAAGAUGAUGCUGAUAAAGUCUGUAAUAGAAGCAUUGUAGUUCCACAUAGAGUUGUUGCAUUAGCCAACAGAUUUGAGAAGAAAGACCGUUCCUGGUAUGUCAAAUCUAAAAUCCCUAAUGAUCUGUCUAUUCAAGUCGACGAUAUUACCUUCCAAGCACACAAGUUUCCUUUGAUCACCAAAUGUGGUUACAUAAGCAAUACUGAGCUACAGCGUUCAGCUUCUGGGAAUGGAUAUCAUCUCAAGCUUGAGAACUUCCCAGGAGGAGCAGAAACGUUUGAGACCAUUCUCAAAUUCUGCUACGGUUUUCCGGUGGACUUGAAUCCUCUCAACGUAGCUGCACUGAGAUGUGCAUCAGAGUAUCUGUACAUGACCGAAGAGUUUCAAGACGGGAAUCUAAUCUCCAAGACAGAUGGUUUCAUCACCUUUGUAGUACUUGCCUCAUGGAGAGACACGCUCACUGUUCUGAGAUCAUGUACAAGCUUAUCUCCAUGGGCAGAAAACCUCCAGAUUGUAAGAAGAUGCUAUGACUUGCUAGCUUGGAAAGCAUGCAAUGAUAGUUAUGACAUACCGGAAGAUGUAGAAAACAAUGAGAGAAGUCUAUACAAUGGUAUAGCUAACCUUCAACUUGAUCACUUCAUGAGAGUUGUGACAUCUGUAAACGCACGAAGGGGUAAACCAGAGGUUAUAGGUAGACUCAUCAUGAAGCACGCAGAGAACUGGUUGCCGCUAAUCGAUGAGGAUAUGGAAGGCAUACGAGGUUAUGGAUCAGGAAACAAUGAGUUUCAGUUCAGUGUUGAACGAGAAAGAACAGAGGGAAGCACUUUAGGAUGUCAAGAACAAAAGAGAACCAUUGAAAGCUUAGUAAGCGUGCUUCCCACGCAACCUGAAGCAGUAGUACCAUGCCAGUUUCUGUUGAGGUUGCUGAAGACAGCGAUUGUGUAUUCGGCAUCCCCAGCUUUAAUAUCUGAUCUUGAGAAGAGAGUCGGUAUGGCAUUGGAAGAUGCUAAUGUAUGUGACCUCCUGAUUCCUAACUUCAAGAAUGAAGAUCAACAAAAAGGAGCAAGAUCACAUGAGGAGUACACAAUAUACAAUGUAGACGUGGUUCACAGGAUUCUUGAGUAUUUUGUAAUGCAUGAACAGCAGCAACAACAAGAACAGCAACAGGUUCAAGGAAAGCCAGGCAUAACAAAGCUAUUGGACAAUUACCUAGCCGAGAUUGCAAAAGAUCCAUAUCUGCCCAUCACCAAGUUUCAGGUUCUAGCUGAAACGUUGCCUGAAAACGCUUGGAAAUGCCAUGACGGCCUCUAUAGAGCAAUUGAUAUGUUUCUCAAGACUCAUCCUUCACUAUCAGAGCAUGAUAGGAGAAGACUGUGCAAAACAAUGAACUGUGAGAAACUAUCUCUUGAUGCGUGCCUCCACGCUGCACAAAAUGAUCGGUUGCCUUUGAGAACUAUAGUCCAGGUGCUUUUCUCGGAACAAGUGAAGAUAAGGAUGAUGAUGAUGCAAGACAAGCAAGCAGCGGGGACCAAUGAAGAAAAUCCUGAAGGUCUUGAGGAUAAACGAACAUUCAGAGAUAGUGAGAUAAUCACACUCAAGGGAGAGCUGGAGAAUGUAAAGAGGAAGUUGGCAGAGCUUCAGGAUAACUACAAUGAGCUUCAUCAAGUGUAUGAAAAGCUAAACAGUAGCAAACAGAAGAGCACACAGAACUGGGGGCUGCGUUGGGAAAAGAUUAAGAAGUCACUCCAGAUAAAACGUGAAGAAGAUGAAGCAAGAGACAAGCCACAAAGACGAAGUUCCACGGGACCAAGAACCAGCUUGAGGAGAAGAAUGUCCAUGUCAUAAGCCCUAGCUAGCUUUGUGCUUUACUGAUGCACCACAAUCUGUUUGAACUAAGUUUGCGUAGCUUCCAAAGUGAACACACAAACUAAGUGGAAUCAAGAGUUAAAUUCUAUCAUUUUUCAUCAGUAAUGUGAUUAAAAACGUUUGAUACUUCAUGUCAUGAAAUAUAUCGUUCAAGUUUGUUCAGUAUAUAGAUUUUAUUACAUUUCAGUUUAGAGUUUCUGUAAAAAUUCAAUAUAUAAAUCUUUAAUUUGAGAA